CCGGGCCGGGGUCGGUGAGGGCUGGGCCGGGCCGGAGCCGCGUUGAACCGGGGUAGGACUCUGUGGAAUGCUGGAAACACCGGCGAUCCAGCGGAAUAACUACUGCCUUUAUAGACAAACGCUUGGCCGUCGUUUUUACCUUCUCAGCUAUUAACGCCUUGUCAUUUUCUCCACUUUUACUCAAGUUUCUUAACAGGCUGUUAGGGAGAAACUAAAGCGUUCAGAUAGAAAUACAGACUCGUUUUUCAGUGAAAUCCACACGAUUUCAGGUUUUCCUUCAGUAGCUCUGUGCUUCAGAAGCUCAGGAGAAAUAUAAAAAUAGAAGCCCUAAGCAUACGUUGUUGUGGAAGUUCUCUCUGACAGCAGCUCCCAUUGAUGCAAAAAGGACAUUCCUGCAGUUAAUUUCCUCAUCCAUGAAAUCCACUGUCGCAGGAAUAUUGAAAUAUGUCCCUACUGCAGCGACUCCAUCCCAAAGUCUGAGAUGAAGAACCACAUUGAGUCUGAACAUGUGCAGGUGACCUGCAAGUGUAGGAUGAAGAUUGAAAACAGUCUCCUUAAGGAUCACGAGGAGUCAGCGUGUCCCCUGCGCCCCGUGCUGUGCCAGUUCUGUGACAUCCCGCUGGCCUUCAACAAGCUCCAGGAGCACGAGAGCUACUGCGGGGCCAGGACCGAGCCCUGCGGGGACUGCGGCCGGAAUGUCCUGCUGAGGGACCUCAAGGAGCACCCCCGGGUCUGUGGGACGGAGGAGAAACCCCGAGGGAGCGGGACAGCACCAGGAUUUGGGAAUGAGGAGGGAGGUCUGCGAGGUGCGAGGAACCGACUGAGACCAGAGGAUGAGCUGGAGCAGCUGGAGAGAAGUGAAAUCCCUCAUUCCCCACUUCCAGAGGAGUGGAAUGCUGAGUUAGACUACGCGUUGGCUCUCAGCCUGCAAAAUGAGAAUAAUCCUCACCCUAACACUGCAGCUGGAAUUCCCAGGGACUUCUGGGAAUAUGAUUACACCAAAGAGCCCGGGUCAGCUGCCCACCUCAGUGAGACACAGCAGCCAAACACCUUCUCCUACGACUCUCCAGGGUCUUUUAGCACCUCAAACUGCAGAAAAAACACGGAGACCAUCAUGUUGCCCUGUGAGUUCUGUGAGGAGCUCUGCCCUGCCGAGGAGCUGAUCCUUCACCAGACGGGGUGUAACCCAGCAAGUGCCUUUGCCUCGUUCAGUAAGAGAAGCUCUUCUCCAAAUCCAUGGGACUACGAUGGUCUGUGUGCUGUUGGCUCCAACAGCUGGAGGACUCUCCCUUCAUCCCAACCCCAAGCUGUCCAGGCAGAUGGAAACAUCAUGAUUCCAUGUGAAUUUUGUGGCAUCCAACUGGAAGAGGAGAUUCUCUUCCAUCAUCAGCACCAGUGUGACCUGCGCCCGGCCAGCCCUGCGGCCGCUGCUCCAGCCCCGGAGAGACGGGAAUCGCCGGAGCCGGCGCGGCGACGGAGCAGGCACCAAGGAGAUGUUUCUCCUCGGCCCACAGAAGGCUUUGGGCAGUCAGGGCUGGGCUGCCCUGCCCGAGGGACCAAGCUGAGGAAUGACAUGGCCAACGCCAGGAACACACCAUUGUCCUGUUCCCCGGGAGCUGCUGAUGCUCCCAACAUGCAGGGCAAGCCCAGGAAGGGGAAUGGCAGCCAGGGGAGACCAAAGGACAGAGGGACAGGUGAAGCUGCAGGGGGGACAACGCCACGAGCCAGACCUGCUCAGCACUUCCAUGGAGAAACCUUCACCUCCAGCUUCUCCAGAGCUGCUCCAGCCCAGCCAAGCCCCAGCACUGGAGGAAGGAGCCUCAGGCUGCAGGACGGGCGCAUCGGCCUCAGGCGCAGGAGCUCCAAGGCCAAAGCCCAGAGCCCAGGGGCAGGAUCGCCUGAGGAAUGAGCCACCAGUGCUGGAAGACACGGAGCUCUUGGCCCUGUUCCUGUGCUCUGCCCCACUCUAGUCAGAGCACAAGUAAAUUCCCACCUUGGAUUUAAAUUUUUAGGCAGUGACCAUUUUCUAAGUAUCUAUUUUUAAUCUGUGAGAGCAAACUUCAGGUUUUUACAUCUCCGAUUGCCCCCAGCACCCCCAAGGCAGUAAAACCUUGGCCCUACCUGGGUUCUGUGUCCGUGUGGGCUCCUUGUGCAAUCCCAGGACAGGAUUUAUGCCAGGCUGAGCUCCCAGGGUGUGUCCUGCCUUGUCCUGCUCAGGCACAGCAGGUGCCACCCAACAGGGAGCAGUUGGAUGGACCUGCCCCACACGGAGCGGGACCGAGGGUCAGAGGUCAAAAGCUUCUCGCAUUAUCCCAGUUUUGUAAAUUCCUUGGAAUAAAGUUUAUCUGAUGCUGUCUCA